UUGAGGCGUAGAACGUAAAGCAGCCAUGGCAGCGAAUACAGCGCAGCCUAUGGGGAAUUUGCCAAGUGGCAUGGGGAUAUGUUCAAGUCUUCCAGACAUCUUCUACAUCCCUGAACUAAUCUUCGGGGGGCUGACCUGGACCCUGGUGGCGUCGUCUCUGGUGGAUCCCCGGAACCCUCUGGGGUGGGUGAUGUUCGUGUCCAUCUUCUGCUUCGUGAUGACCUUCCUGUGGAUGAUCAUCUUCGCGUGCGGGGGUCACCGGAACAGCAGCGGUUGGGCCGCAGCGGACUUUGCGUAUCAUGGGAUCGCGGCGUUUUUUUACCUUAGUUCCUCCGUUGCCUUGGCAUAUGUGACCAUUGGAAAGAGAGACAAUUUACCGGGCGACGAGGCCCUCAGGAUCUACAGAAUCGACAUUUCUGCUGUUGUUUUCUCGUAUCUGGCCACGCUGCUGUACUUCCUCCACACCGUUUUCUCUGCCUUGAGGUGGAAAUCUUUCUAAAAAUUCUUUCCACAUGGAGCUCGGUUUGCAAAAUGACAGGACAGAAUGACAGAGGACUGAGAAUGACGUUUCGGAACUUUGACUGCCAUGGCUUCUGUUCUGAGAUGAAGGGAAUAACUUUCAUAUUUCAUAUAGCAAAACCACCUUAGUAGUUUCCCUGCUCUAGAUUUACCAGUAUGAGGACAGGAAAUAAGGCUACUCUCAAUAAAAAUAAGAAAACAAAGUGGAAUUGUAGUAUAAUGAUGGCUCAUGUAUAAAUGUUUUUUUACAGAUGUAAGAAUGGUGGAUAUAUAGAGCCAGUAAUUUCUUUUUUAAUAACCAAUUUUUCCAAGAGUAAUGACAAAUUUCCAUUUCACUGUAUUACUUUUUGGUUAAACUCAUGUGACUUAAUUGAAUAAAAUAAAUCAUUGUGGCUAUGCCAUGUUAUUUUCAAA